CUCGACCAGUGUAAUGUCGUUUCAACAGUUUAUCAUCGGUGGAGUGUUCGGAUUUUCAGCCGUCAUACUGCCGCAGCUUGAGCUGUCCGACGCUCUCGUCAAAAUUGAUGCCGAUCAAGCGUCUUGGAUAGCAAGUCUUCCUCUCCUGUUGAGUCCCAUCGGUUCGCUGGUGUUUGGYUAUUUGUCCGAUAGAUUCGGCMGGAAGUUAUCGCUACAGCUUACGUACGUACCUCUGCUUAUCAGCUGGUCGCUGCUCAGCAACGCCGAAUGUUUGAAAGAUAUUUACAUCGGCAGACUGUUGACCGGACUGGCAACAGGCACCGGCGGCGUGAUCUAUGUAUACAUAGCCGAGACGAGCCCGACGGACAGCCGGCCCUUCUUCCUGUUGAUCUACACACUGUUCGUGGGCCUGGGCCUGAUGACAUCCGCGGUCUUGGGCGCGCUGUUCCACUGGCGYACGGUGGCCACCAUGUUCGCCGUGAUGUGCGCGGUCGGUUUCGUCAUUCCGUUUUUUGUGCCGUCCCCGCCGAUGUGGUUGCGGUCCCGGAAGCGGGAAGAGGAGGCCCGACUGGCCGAGAAGUGGUUCGGGUUCGAGCUGGACCGCAUCGACGACCUGCCCACGCUUCCACCACCGCCUUGCGCGGCUGCGGCMAUGGCCACGCUGAGCCGGGCUGACUCGACGGUUGGCGCGAUCAUGGACACGAACGUCAGCUGCUGGAGCUUAUACACCGGGCCCACCGUCUGGAAGCCCACGCUAGCCGCUAUGGCGUUCUUCUGCUGCCAACAAGCGUCCGGGUUCUACGUGUUGCUGAGCUACUCAGUGGACGUGAUGCGUGACUGCCGCGUGUCCAUCGACGGCAUGACCGCCGCUGUGUACCUGUGCGCCGCCCGAUUGGCCGGUACCAUCGUUAGCCUUAUGUUCCAAUCGGCGCCCAAGCGCACACUAACUGCCUUCUCGGGGCUCGGCAUGUGCGUGGCCAUGUCCACCGUGGUCGGUUACCUUUACGCGUUCGACGGCGUGCCCGACCCACCGGCCACCGACUUCCUGAUCGUACCGUUCCUGUUCUACGUGUUCUUCGCAAUGUUCGCCGUGCUGCCGUUACCGUGGAGUGUGUGCGGUGAAUUGUUCCCGAUGGCCGUCAAGGGCACCAUGAACGGUGUGCUGUACUCGUGCGGUUACGAGCUCAUGUUCGCCGCCAUCAAGGUGUACCCGAUUUUGGUGGACAAGUUUGGCACCCAGGCAGUGUGGACAACGUGCGCGUGCGCGUGUUUCAUUACCUCCCUGUUCGGCGCGUUCGUCCUGCCCGAGACAACUGGAAAGACGCUGAACGAGAUUACCGACGGGUUCAGGUCAUCCAAAGACAAGGCCCGCAAGAAGGUUGUCAAGCCUCAAAUACCCUAGACCCGACCGCACUAUACAGCUCCAAAGCCGGUUGUAUAAAGUGUUAUAUUUAGUCRCCAUCGUCGUCAAGCCGUAUUCCCAAUAGUAAUAGUGUACGAAAUGUCUGUACUAAAAAAUCGUGUGAAUAUUUAAAAAUGUAUUUUGUACCCGGAUAUGAGCACGAAUCGCCUCAAUACUAUUAUUCCUGAUACGGUCGUGUCAUAACAGCAAUAAAAUAAAUCAUCACGGUCGAGUUAAAUAGUCAUUACCGUUCCGUAUUCAACGCAAUAAUAAUGAUAUUUGCUCCUCGAGACCGGUCAGGUUGAAUGUACAUAAUAACGCGUAACGCCGUGUCCUAUACGUGAAUCCGGCGAAAAACCAAACAACUUGUAUUUCGUUGCGCCGGACGCACCGCACUGCAGCGGGCGGAACAGCAUGGUCAGAAUAGAAUAUGCAUACACUCACUGCGCUCGCCGGAUUCACGUAGGAUCAGUGGCGCCGAAGUCCUAAAAAUCUAGUAGGGCGAAAAAUAUUUCAAGAGGCCCAACAUCUUAAUAUCGGGAAAAA